AUGGCUCCAAAGCGUCGAGGAAAGGAGGUGGUGGGAACUGUGUUGAGGUCUACAAAGAAAGUUGUUAGAGAAACUGUGCAAGUUGCUGCUAUUGAAAACGACAAUCAAGAAUCAACACAAGAUCAAGACCAAAAUGGUGAAACCGAGGAUAUUGAUACUCCUGCAAUGGAGACUUUCAGAACCUUUCCUGUUGAUGAGAAGGUACACGAGGAAGAAGACCGAGUAAUUGAAGUUUCAGUGGAAAAGCCCGACGGAAGUGCUGCUUCUCGAGGUCAGCAAGAAGAGCCAUUAAGGGAAGAUGAGAUUAGGAAGGAGGACCAAACAAGUGGAGUUUCACCAGAAGAGCCAUCUAAAAAAGACCCAAAAGAAGAUGCAGCUAGUGCUGGAGAUCAAGUAAAAAAGCUAGGACCCAAGAAGGUGCACCCAGAUCUUGGGAUAUCAUCAAUGGCAAUGAGCAUGAUUAACAGCUUGAUGAAUGACAUGUUUGAGAGGAUUGCUGAAGAGGCAGCAAAGUUAUCAGACUACAGGAAACGAACAACACUGUCAUCAGGGGAGAUUCAAGGAGCAGUGAAGUUGGUUUUGCCUGGAGAGCUUGGAAAACAUGACAUAGCAGAGGGGUCCGAGGCUGGUACUAACUAUAUAUCGCAUGGGACUAAACGGUCCAAGUCCUGGCGAGCCUUGUCAUAA